AUGGCAUCGCUUCAACUGAAGCCGUUGACUAUUGAUUCAAAUAGCAGGCAACUAGAUUCGAAGCAGAAGAAGUUUAAUGCUAAUAUCCAGCGUGCGCUGGAACAUUUCGAUUCGGUUACUGAAUGGGCAGAUUAUAUUGCUAGUCUUGGUAAGCUUUUGAAAGCCCUGCAAAGCUGGUCUCCACAAUUCCAAAAUGUUAGAUAUUAUGUUCCUUCCCCUUAUCAAGUCAGUAGAAGGUUAACAUCAUCGCUAUCUCCAAAUUUACCAGCAGGGGUUCAUCAAAAAACAUUGGAAGUAUACACAUUUAUAUUUGAGCGGAUUGGGCAGGAUACUUUAGCUGCAGAGUGUAACAUAUGGGUUCCCGGUAUCUUACCGCUGAUGACAUAUGCAUCUAUGUCGGUCAAGUCUCAUCUAAUUGAGCUAUAUGAUAACUACUUAAUAGAACUACCUUCUUCUACUCUCAAGCUUCUCAUAAGGCCCCUAUUGGCCAGUUUAUUACCGGGAAUCGACGACGAGAGCAGUGAAUUUCAGCCGCUGGUCAUGAAACUAAUCGAAAAUUUGAAAGAAAAUUUAGCUGAGGACAGUUUAUUUUGGCAGACAUGUUUUCUUGUUAUGAUAACGAGUAAAGAGCGUCGUUUAGGUGGGUUAGUAUGGUUGACAAAGAAGUUUCCGUCUUUGAACCCAGUACCACAUCUGGUACUACAGAAAAAUAGAAAGGGACAGGAUAAUCAAACUAGCGAUGGAAGGGAAGAUAAUAUCAAAUCAGAUUUGAAAGAGAUUAGAGAAGAAGCCUUUUCGGUGCUACUUCCUUCAGCCAAGGCACUAUUGUCGCCAGAGCCUGGAUUACUAAUUCGUUGUAUGGUUUGCUGUUUGGCACAUGACAACGAUCUGAUCAUUAAGAGGGGUAUAUGGGAUUUACUACUGCAAAGGUUUCAUUUGAACUCACCGGUACUGGACUGUUUAGUAAGUGCGUCGGAUAAAAAAAUGCUGACGAUAAGUUGUUGUAAAACAACCUUAGAGAAAGAUAUGUCUUUGAAUAGAAGGGUAUGGAAUUGGUUAUUGGGACCAGCCUUUUCUUCUACGGGAAAUUCCACCAAUUCUACUGCAGGGGCAAUUCCUGAUAAAGAUCAAGAUAAAACCCUGACGGUGAAGAGUAACGAAUACUUUUCCCAACACGGUGCCAAAGCCAUAGUGGAUGGAUUGAAAGACAUGGUAAAAGUAGAGGCUACGAUAAUAACAGUAUUCAGUAUUUGUCUUUCUGUAAUGGAUAGAUGGGAAAUAGGCUCAUUAAUAAUUCCUGAAAUGUUCAUUCCUUUGAUGCAAGCAGCUCAAACAUUCAAGCAGAAUGCUCAAGUUAUGAAAACUGCUAACACUUUCUUUGAUACCGUGGAAACAAAUAUCAUUUGGGGAAAAAUUUAUCAGCAUGUCACGCAAACAGAAGAUCUGGAGUUUUUAGAUUUUAUUCUGAGCUAUUUCAAUAUUGCGAGUGAUGAGGAGAUUAUCAUUCGUCAUUUACCUCUCGUUUUACUAGCUCUCCUGUGCCAUGAAAGUGAAACUAAAGAAGGGUCUACCGACCUGAAAGAAAGCAUUUAUGAGGUUUGCAUGAAUUUGCUAAGCAACAUUCCAGAAAGGGCGUUUUUACCAUUAGCUGCAAGCUCGCAAUUGAAUCAUGAUGGUGCUCUUCCAAAAAGUAUAGAUAUUCUCAAAAAUAUUACGGAUUUUUAUAUACGUGUGUCUGAUUCGGUUGUUUUGCAAGAUAUGGAGAAUCUGAAUGAUGUUUCGCCACCUUUCGACCAUCAAGAACUGACAAUUUUAACGGUAAACCAAGCACAUGAACUUCUUCUUGAUAGCUUGAAAAAUGACGAACUGGUCAUAGAGGCGGCUCAAAUUUUUAUUUCGAUUUAUGAAAGAGUACCAGCUCACAGCACUGAUGAAGAAGACGAAUCACUCGUGUCUGAUGGCUUGAAUAACCGAAGAUUAGUUGAUGCAAUUUUCAUGAGAAGCAAGAAAGCUGCGGAAAAGCAUAGUGACUCAGUUUAUGGAAUUGCUGAGAUUUUUAGUAAAUAUCUCUCCUCUCGUAUUUCGCUCCUCGAGAUAAACAAAUUGUUGAAGCUUGUACUUUCAGCCCUGUGGAAAUGUCUGGUGACACCAUCUAGGCAGCUGAGUGCCGUUAAAUGUUUAUUGAGCCUAGAGAAAUCUCUGGAGCCUGCGUAUGUUGAGGGCGCCCUUUCAUAUGCUUUUCUACAGGAAAAUGACAUAUCCAAAAGCAUUAUUGUAUUGGAUCUUCUAUGGAACCAUCUCGAACCUAGAUCGAUAGUACUUCGUAGACCAUUGGAACUUAUGAUUGAUGAACUGUUUCUGGAAGAAAAUCCGCAUUACUUGAGCGUGUCCAAAUGGGUACUUUCAGUUCUGAAUGCUGGCUCCGCUAAUAGGCUGUUCUAUUUUCUGACACACAAGUUACUCGAAUUUGAUUUUCUAAACAGAAGCGAAUUACAAGAUUUGGAUGAUCUUGACAAUUUCACAUAUCGUAUUCAAGCGCUGACAUCUGUACUCAAGACAAACAACAGAGUGGUUAUAAAACUUUUUUCUUCCGAACUAUCCUCCAUAGAUUCGCUAACUAUUUGGCAAGAUGAAGACAUCUCUACUUAUAAAAAUUUAGUUUUGGCUAUUCUUUUGAGGUUCCUUGAGAUGAAAAAUAAUCAUAGUGCAAAAAGCAUUCGCAGCUCACUCAUUUUGCUGGAGUGCUUACUUAACGGUACGGAGCGGAACUUCAAGAAAAUAGUUAUAACGCUCCUCGAGAUGUCUUCACAGUAUAUUUCACAGGGGGGGCUGGACUCUGAACUCAUAACUGUAGCAUUGCUUAACAUUGUUUCGAAUGUUUUGAGGCUGUCACAUGAAAAUGGGAUAAAACUAGAUAUCUUUGAUGAUAGCGGAACACAUUUAAAAUACGUUGAUUAUUUGGUCACAAGUGUGUCCAAUAUCGAAAGUCCCUUGAUUGUCACCUCAUAUAUGAAGCUCCUUUCAGAGAGCUUAAUAUAUUUCGAAAGUUUUAUGUUCCGAAUAAUUUUACUACUUAGUGCCUCUAUUGUUGGAUGUAUUAAGAAGCUGUUUGAGAAAGAAAAGCGUAUAGGUGGUUACUAUCAAUCUAUAUCUCUUUUAUUAGGAGGUUUAGAAGAAAUUUUAGAGGUCUCCCACAGCUUUCUUCUCACUGAAGAAAAGGAACAGUAUUUUUCAGGAAGCAGUUAUAAAGGUGAUUUCAUUCAAAGCAUGGUUUCUAACGUAUUUUCUAGCGAUUCUUCAACAAAUGAUGUCAAGAUAAAGGGUGAAAGAGACGUCAUUCUUCAGUCUUUUAGACAAGUUGUAAAUUGCUGCUUUGAAAUUUGGACCUGGGCACAUGGUCUUUACGUGGCUGAUAAAAAGAACUCCAUUAAUCAAAUGAACUACAAUUCUUAUAAGUUCAAAUUCGCAGCAAAAAAGUUACUCGAAAAACUUUUUACAUUGGAACCCAUCGAGGUCAUCGAAGAUUUAGUUCUUACCUCAUCUGAAGAAACGACCACUCUUAUUCAUGUGCUUGAUGGUAAUCGCCCAGCUUUAUCGAUUCCUUACCUCUUUGUCGGUAUCAUGCACCGACAAAACAGAAACACCUCUGUGAAACUUUCAAUCAGUGUAAACAGUUUUUUUACGACUGGUAAUCGACUUGAAUCAUCCCUUAUCAAUAAGUUAGACUCAGAGGCGCUGGUUCGGUUUUUGAUUGUAUUUGCUUCCUCUUUAGAAAAUGCUGCUAUAGAAGACUUUUACUCAGAUUUCUUUACUUUUUUCAAGGAGGUGUCGACCAACUAUAACCUUUACGAAUCUAUUUCAAAACCUAUUCUUGUGUUUGUGGUUACCAUGGCGCAAAAGCUAAGUAAGUCCAAUUUUGGCCAACAGAAGAGGAUUAGAAGAGAACUUUCAGAUUUGUUUACGAAAUAUCUUCCAAAUGCUUUGAAUGAUUCACCCUUCAACUACGUUGAUGCUCCCCAAACGUUCUCUGAUCUGGAAUCGAUUGUGGAAAAUUUACAGUAUGUUCUAAAUGAUGAGAUCGGAGGUGAUAGAUUUAAUAAUUGCAUGUCUACUAUUGUUAACCAAUGCGCCGCCCCUUAUAUUAAGAAUAGAACGGCCGAAAUUCCGGAUUUUGUUCUCAAAUUUUCUCUAGAGGUCGCCAAAACAAGUGGGAAGGUGAAAAGUUGGCGAUCCAUGAUUAAUGAUUACUUUUUCGAUGACAAAAGCUUUGCUUCUCUCGCAAAUAAUAAGUUAUGGCGACAAAUUAUUUUCGAGUGGUCUCAAUAUCCUGAUAAAAAGUCAAGUUUGAUAAAUGAUCUUUUGAGUAUUAUAGAUUCGAAGACCACAAGUAUGGCCCCCAACUUGAUAACUUUCACUGCUUGGAGCGAAUCUGAAAACGAGUCUAAAUGUCAAAGCUUCUUGAGGAUAAGUUAUUUGCUGAUGAUCUUACCAAAAAAUUAUUACUUACUGCAUUUUCAUGAUCUAGUAUCAUGUGUAUGUCAAUAUUUGUCUUCAGAGAACACCAAACUUAAAGAAAAAUGUUGGAUAUUACUCAAAGCCAUGCUUCUCAAAUUCAAUGUUUUACAUUUCAAUGAUUAUUGGUCAAUGAUCGUUUAUUGUUUGCAAACAAAUCUCCAAGCGUUUUACGAAUCGUUGCAAAUUCAAGCAGAAAUUGAUUCUGCUCAUAUUCUUCAAGUUUGCAAAACUCUAGAUCUUCUUUUAGCACUAAAUUUUGAAGGUUUUAGUGGCACCAAUGAAUGGCUAUUCGUAAUAGAUACCAUUAAUAACAUAUACAAAACCUAUCCAUUUAUGGCUUUGGUGGAUAAAAUAUACGAAUGCAAAGAAUUUCAGAUCGAUAGACGCGAUAGUACUGAACUAAUCGAUCGCACGAAGUUAAAAAUCCCCUUGCUAGUUGGAAUCAAUUCUAUCAAAAACCAUGUGCAGUUGCGAACUUUUUUCCAAAAUUUAAGCUAUGCUCACUAUGAAUAUAUAUACAGUUUGGGAGAAAUUGAUUUGCAGAUCUGUGAAGACGAUAUAUGUUCAGAUAUUUUUGCAUGA